CAUUUGGUAAAUAGUUUGUGUUAAACAAGGCUCACAUUUCUCUACCUCUAGACAGAGUAAGCUCACUGAUCAUGGGAAAUAAUGCUCCUUUAUUCAUUACAACCCUGUCGAUUUAUGUUUUGCUCAGACUUGCUUUGACAAUAUCGGCCCCUGAAGGUGCCUUGAUCGAACAGCUUCCUGGAUUAAAUGCCACUCUUCCUUCCAAACACUACUCUGGGUAUGUGUCUGUUUCUGGAACUAAUGGAAAGAAAUUAUUUUACUACUUUGUUGUUUCUGAGAGAAAUCCGUCAGAGGAUCCGGUUGUUCUCUUCCUUGAAGGCGGACAGGGAUGCUCUGGCAUGGCAGCAUUUAUAUAUCAGCACGGCCCCGUCAAUUUUAAGAAGGUAAAGCCAAGGGGAAGCAUGCCUAAACUUCAUCUCAACAAAUACAGCUGGUCUAAGGUUUCUAACAUUAUAUAUCUAGACUCUCCUGCUGGUGCUGGAUAUUCGUACUCAGGAAAUGAAUCCGACUACAGCACUGGAGAUAGACAGACUGCCCUGGACACAUACAUAUUUCUCUUUGAGUGGUUUAAGCUUUAUCCAGAGUUCCUUAAAAACCCGUUUUAUAUUGCUGGAGAGUCGUAUGGUGGAGUUUAUGUACCAACUCUAGCUUCCGAAGUGGUGAAAGGAAUUGGUUCAAACGUAAAGCCCAUGAUUAAUUUUAAGGGGUACAUGGUGGGAAAUGGUAUAACAAACACAAAAUUUGAUCACAGUUCUGUUAUGUCAUUUGCCCAUGGCAUGGGUCUCAUCUCAGAUGAUCUCUAUCAGGAAAUUGUUGCUGAGUGUAACGGAACCUAUUUUAAUACGUUCAAAUCCACAUGUAAAAGCAAAGUCGAGAAAGCUAACCUUGUUCUUGAGGAUUUAAACAGAUUUAACAUUUUAGAACCCUGCAAUCCUGGACCAGAAGACAGCAUUAAAAUUAGUACUGCACUAGUACCAGAAAGCCUCAGAAAAUCUGAAAAAACAGAACGAGCUUUGCCUGUCAGAGACAGUAGGCUUGGUCGCGCAUGGCCUUUGAGAUCUCGAGGAAGAAACAGAAUCGUCCAUACUUGGCCACAACUCCUUCAAAGUGGGCUUAUCAAGUGCAUAGAUGAUGAAGUUGCAACGACAUGGUUAAACAAUGAAGCAGUCAGGAAAGCACUUCAUGCUGAAAAUGAAAGUGUUGCCGGUGAAUGGGUCCUAUGCAGUGCACUCCACUAUGUUUCAGAUUCUGGAAGCAUGAUCAGAUAUCAUAAGCAGCUCACUUAUCUUGGUAUUCGGGCACUCAUAUACAGCGGGGAUCAUGAUAUGGUUGUUCCUUUUACUGGAACUCAAGCAUGGACACGAGCUAUAGGGUAUAAGAUUGUGGAUGAGUGGAGGCCUUGGUAUGCAGAUGAACAUCAAGUUGCCGGGUACAAUCAAGGCUAUGACAACAAUUUGACAUUUCUCACCAUUAAGGGAGCUGGUCAUACUGUUGCGGCAGAUAAGCCAAAGGAGGCCUUAGAAUUUUAUAGCCGUUGGCUGGAGGGCAAAAGGAUAUGAAAGUCUGUUGUAAUGAGUAGUUUACUAAUGGAUUGUGUGACAGAAAUUGCCUCCCUGCUAAAUAAGAUUUGUUUAUAUAUAAUCUUCAAAUAAAAAAAGAUUUGUUUAUAUAAUUUAAAUUUACUCAGGAGUACUACUAUGAUAAUGUACAUAAUAAUGGCUUGUUCAGUUUUCCCUUCA